CCGCCGCUCUGCACCCGCUGGCCCCGUGCGCCCUCUGCUCCGCCAGCACCAUGCACCUCUCCCAGCUGCUGGUCUGCGUCCUGCUGCUCACUCUGCUCUCGCUCCGGUCCUCCGACGCUAAACCCGGGGCUCAGCCGAAGGUCCAGCGCGCCCCCGGGGAGGGGACCACCGAGCCCCAGGCUGCGGGCGGCGCUCAGAAGAAGGGCGACAAGGCUGCCGGCGGCGCCAACCUCAAGGGGGACCGGUCGCGGCUGCUCCGGGACCUCCGCAUGGACACCAAGUCGCGGGCUGCGUGGGCUCGCCUGCACGAGCACCCCAACGCGCGCAAAUACAAAGGAGGCAACAAGAAGGGCUUGUCCAAGGGCUGCUUCGGCCUCAAGCUGGACCGGAUCGGCUCCAUGAGCGGCCUGGGAUGUUAGUGCGACGACCCCUGGCGGCGGUGAGUACACCGGCC